CUCUCUCUCUCCUAAACACUACAUAAGCAGCCCCAUCAACCCGCAAAGCUAGACCUCCCCAGCCUGCAUUACUCACUUGACUCGUUUCACUCCUUCAAAAGCUCCAAAACAACUCUCGUCAGUCAUGAACCAGAGAGAAGAUUACAAGCUGUAAAAGAAAAAAAGAACGAGAAAAGAAAAGUUUCCACCUUUCUGUUAGCCGAGCUCUCGGACCAGAUUCCUGUACAGUUGUUGAUUCUGGGUCCGUUUUUAAAAGAUGGAUCCUCCAAUUGUCAACGAAUCUUCCUUCUCCGCUGCGAACCCAUCUUCCUACAGCUUAGCUGAGAUUUGGCCGUUCAAUGGGGAGCCGGGUAAUGGCGGGUUGGGGCUCCGAAUGGGAAAUUUGAGCGGGUUCUUGGAUAGUCAAAUGAACCGGGACGGGUCGGCGGAGGUAUCCACCGUGACGGAGCAGAGCGGUGGUGGAGGAAUUGGGAGGAAGAGGAAGGAUGUGAGUUCCGAGGACGAGUCUUCCAAAAUGGUGUCCACUAGUAGUGCCGGCGAUUUGAACAUAUCAAACGGAAAACGCAUGAAGUCACUGGUUUCAAGGCAUGACAAUGGUGGAUGGAGAGCUGAAGGAGAGUCGAGUUCUCCUGCUGGUCAUAAGCAGGCUGAACAGAUUGCAAAACCCUCUGAGCCACCAAAGAAGGAUUAUAUUCAUGUCAGAGCACGACGAGGCCAAGCUACGGAUAGUCAUAGCCUAGCUGAGAGAGCAAGGAGAGAAAAGAUCAGUGAGCGGAUGAAGAUUCUUCAAGACUUAGUCCCUGGAUGCAACAAGGUUAUUGGAAAAGCACUUGUCCUUGAUGAGAUUAUCAACUACAUUCAGUCACUGCAGAAUCAGGUCGAGUUCUUAUCCAUGAAGCUUGAAGCAGUCAAUUCAAGGAUGAACAUCAAUCCUACUAUUGAUGGAUUUCCAGCAAAAGAUCUAGGUGCGCAGCCAUUUGAUGCGACUGGGAUGAUGUAUGCCUCGCAAGCAGCAAGACAGUAUGGUCAAGGAUCGCAAACAGAAUGGUUGCAUAUGCAGUUGCGUGGGGGUUUCGAGAGGCCGAUGUGAGCUCAAGAAGCACAGCACAUUGGCUCUAAAUGCACUGUGGAAUAAGAUGCCUCUGAGAGAUCAGUGACCGGGCACCGGAGAGAAAUUACAUCCUGUGGACGAAUUAGCACACACGCCCCAUCGAUUCGUAAAGUUGUAGAUCCUUCUCUUUGUAGAAAGCGCAGCUAGAUCCAUAUUACGUCUUAGUCGAUUUAAUGUGAUUACUUCCGAUUUCUUUCCGCACUUGGAAGGCAAAUUUGUUAGGGGGAAAUUCUGAAUCAUCAUUAGUUAGAUGAUCAAAGGGUCGUGCUUUGUGAGAUCAGUAGUGAAAUACAGUUCUGUUGACUUUUCUUCAGUCACUGGUACCAAUAGAUGACUUGGAAUGAUAUAUACAUCGCAUAUUCUAGAUCAA